UAGACUUUACGAGUUAAAAAAUUUGCCCUGUCCAAACUAAGGUGUUAAUGUGGAAUUACGAGCUUAACUCCUAAUUCUGACUCCAAAAUUUGCCUAGUUACACUUUGUGAGGUAAUAUUCAUGAUGGGAAAAAAACUCGUAAAUCUUGGACACAGCACUGGUCCAUUAUAUGGACAAGAGUGAAAGAGUUAUCUCUCUUUACCCAAUCCUCAGUUUUCCCGCUCUUUUUUGAAUGUCUAUUAUAAACAUUACCGAGGGGUUCCGAAAGUUGAUGACAAAGCAGAGAAGGGAAGCCAUCUUGCCAGCUGCUGAAUAUAGGACAGUGAGUGAGGUAGGUUAUUGACUAUGUUUCUCUUAUAUAUGUCUAUGGUUUCUUAUCAUUUAGGAAUUCAUUUGUCCCGAAUCAGAAUUGAAUUAUUUCAUUCAUCCUUCUUCAAUAAUAUGAUGUGAAAUUUUGUAUUGAAUAUUUUGUCACGUUAACGCGGGAGUUUACCCGGAUAGCUUUUUAGUUUUUACCCUAGCUACAUAGUUUACAAAUCGCACAAAGCUACAAUUUAUAGUACAAAAUAAUGUUUUCUGUAUUUACAUGUACAUUUGACAUAUUUAGAGGCAGAUAAUGCAGUGAAUUUUUCUCAUGGUUAAAUUUUAAUGUUUUCAUUUAUUUUUGUGAUUAUGAUGACGUCACUUUAGCUCAAAAUUCUCCAAAUUAUAAAUUUCAACUUGUUGGUAUGUGUAUAUAAUUUAUAUGAAAAUGGCAUUUCAUGGUUUGAAUGAUAGAAUAACAAAGCAAAAUAUUAUCAUGUCAGAAGCAGAUUUUACUUCACUUCAUGAAGAGUACAAAAAAGAUAAAUGUUAAGUAUUUAAAGGUCCAUGAACCAAGGGUUGAAAUCAGAAUAUUUGUAUGACAUCACAGGAAGUAAUAAUGCUGGACAAAAUAAAGAGCUACAGAAACUUCAACUCAAGAUGGAGGAUAUUCCAAUUGGAUUUAUAUUAUUUCAUUCUCCUUAUGACUACUCGGAAACUUGCUCUUUUUGCUCAGAUUUUGACAUGGAUGUUUUGGAAAUAUAUAUACAUGGAUUUUGUUGUUUAACUUUUUUUUCGUUCCCGGAAUUCUAUGCUUGUCGUGCAUUUUGUAUCUUAUCUGAUUUCCAUGUUGAAAAGUUUAUUCUUAUCUAAAGAAGAAUCAAGAUGCCAGGUCGUAAAAGAAAAAAGUUGAGUAGAAGUAAUACUGGUCAAAGUGAAUCAAAAGGAUCACCAAAAUUGUUUAUGGAAGGAGACCCUAUAUUUUGCCUAAUGGAUAUGGGAGUAUGGUGGCCUGGAUUUGUGUUGGAUGUUUGUGCAAAUGGUGUUGUCUCUGUGGCAUUUUGGAAUGAAAAUUCUAUAGUGAAAAGAUCAUUGUCAAAACUUGUAAAAUUUGACAAGAAUUCAAGCUUGAUAAUAUCAAGUAUAGAAAAAUUAGAAAAAAAGAAACGCCACAGCCUGAUUAAAAAAUACAAAGAUGACCUAUGCUUUGCAAGCUCAGCGGAUAGAUCAUCUGACACUUUCAUCCCCUCAGGAGAUUCAACCUCUUUAGUCAGUGAAGAAAGUAUGACAGUCCAGUCCUCUGUUGCAAGCAUGGAUGCAACUGUGCCGCAUUCAAGUACUGUACAAAAGACUCCUGGAAUGAUAAGCUCAACAACUGUGUCAACAGAAACUUCCUCUAGCAUUCUUGGUGCCACAUUGUCAGAGGAGAUGUCUCCAACCAUUUGGGCGACUCCAGAAAUUGAUUCAACUGAAAGAACAAGCAGUCCAGCUAUUCCGGUUGAAAGUACGUUGUGUGAAAUCACCUUUGGAAGCUCAGAGGAGCGAUCAUCUGACACUUUCAUCCCCUCAGGAGAUUCAACCUCUUUAGUCAGUGAAGAAAGUAUGACAGUCCAGUCCUCUGUUGCAACUGAGGAUGCAACUGUGCCGCAUUCAAGUACUGUACAAAAGACUCCUGGAAUGAUAAGCUCAACAACUGUGUCAACAGAAACUUCCUCUAGCAUUCUUGGUGCCACAUUGUCAGAGGAGAUGUCGCCAACCAUUUGGGCGACUCCAGAAAUUGAUUCAACUGAAAGAACAGGCAGUCCAGCUAUUCCUGUUGAAAGUACGUUGCGUGAAAUCACCUUUGGAAGCUCAGAGGAGCGAUCAUCUGACACUUUCAUCCCCUCAGGAGAUUCAACCUCUUUAGUCAGUGAAGAAAGUAUGACAGUCCAGUUCUCUGUUGCAAGCAUGGAUGCAACUGUGCCCUGUACAAGUACUGCAGAAGAAACUUCUGGAAUGGUGUGCUCAGCAACUGUGUCAACAGAAACUUCCUCUAGCAUUCUUGGUGCCACAUUGUCAGAGAAGAUGUCUCCAACCAUUUGGGCGACUCCAGAAAUUGAUUCAACUGAAAGAACAAGCAGUCCAGCUAUUCCAGUUGAAAGUACGUUGUGUGAAAUCACCUUUGGAAGCUCAGAGGAGCGAUCAUCUGACACUUUCAUCCCCUCAGGAGAUUCAACCUCUUUAGUCAGUGAAGAAAGUAUGACAGUCCAGUCCUCUGUUGCAACUGAGGAUGCAACUGUGCCGCAUUCAAGUACUGUACAAAAGACUCCUGGAAUGAUAAGCUCAACAACUGUGUCAACAGAAACUUCCUCUAGCAUUCUUGGUGCCACAUUGUCAGAGGAGAUGUCGCCAACCAUUUGGGCGACUCCAGAAAUUGAUUCAACUGAAAGAACAGGCAGUCCAGCUAUUCCUGUUGAAAGUACGUUGCGUGAAAUCACCUUUGGAAGCUCAGAGGAGCGAUCAUCUGACACUUUCAUCCCCUCAGGAGAUUCAACCUCUUUAGUCAGUGAAGAAAGUAUGACAGUCCAGUUCUCUGUUGCAAGCAUGGAUGCAACUGUGCCCUGUACAAGUACUGCAGAAGAAACUUCUGGAAUGGUGUGCUCAGCAACUGUGUCAACAGAAACUUCCUCUAGCAUUCUUGGUGCCACAUUGUCAGAGGAGAUGUCUCCAACCAUUUGGGCGACUCCAGAAAUUGAUUCAACUGAAAGAACAAGCAGUCCAGCUAUUCCUGUUGAAAGUACGUUGUGUGAAAUCACCAUUGGAAGCUCAGCGGAGCGAUCAUCUGACACUUUCAUUCCCUCAGGAGCUUGUACAACUUCCACAAUGUCUGAGUUGUCAGCUUAUUUAACCCCUGUGGUCAGUGAAAACAAUCAAAUUAAUUCUGACACUCUUUAUACACAACUGGUCAUUGGUGAAAUGCCACAGAAGUCUCUGUUACCUAAACCUUGCAAGGCCCUUAAAGUCAAACUGCCUGCAUUUGAUCAAUGUUUUGAUACCCACACACAGAUUUACAGAAACACUAUUAAUACAGGGCUUUAUUCACCCACUGAAAAUCAUGACAAUCAGGCUCGGUCAGAUGACAGCAUCUUAAGUACAGAAAAAAAACAUUGUCAAAGUAUUAACUGUCAACCACAGAUUUUCAGUGCUACAUUCGAAGCAGAUUUGCCAGCAUCUGAUGAUCAAUCUGUAAAUCCUAUCAGGGAAACCUUGUACAGACAGUGUACAUCUUUGAAACCCAAGGAUCAAAAACUGCUGCUGGCUGACAUGAAUUUUUCUGAUGAGGAGGAGGAAUUUGGAGAAACAGACAGUGAUAGAGAAUCAGUGUAUAUUCCAGACUUUGACUGUGAAAGCGUUGAUGACGACAGUGAUGUGUCGGAUGAAUGGGAAUUUCCAAAAGAUACUCCUGCUCCUGAAGAACAUGCUCCAGACAAACAUGCUCCAGACAAAUAUGCUCCUGAAGAACAUGCUCCAGACAAACAUGCUCCAGACAAAUAUGCUCCUGAAGAACAUGCUCCAGACAAACAUGCUCCAGACAAAAAUGCUCCAGACAAUUGUGAAAAUCCAGAUUUGUUAACAUCAAGUGUUCCAUUCAAACGCAAUAUAUUGCCAAACAAAUGUAUUUCGGAUGUGACAAAUACAAAAAUUUAUUCUAAGAAAUACGAACUUAAUUCGCACAAUUCAAAACAUGGUAGACUCUAUGAUACGGUGCAUGCAUGCCUGUUUUGUUAUAAAUUGAUGACAAAUAUUCAAACUCACCUUCAACAUAAGCAUAGGAAUGAAGAGGAGGUGAAGGAGAUCUUGGACUUAAAAGAACAGAUAGACAAAGUAAAAGAAAAUGAUGAAUAUAGGUCAAAUUUAAAGAAGCGUUUAAAGAACUUACAAACUCUGAUUAGAAACAAAGGAAACAACAAUCAUAAUCAAAGAGUUCUUGCAGCAGAAGAAGGGGAAAUAUUGCUGACCAGACGCAGAAAGUCGAAUCAAUUCAAUGUCAAAGAUUACGGACCAUGUCCAAAUUGUCAAGAAUGGAUUGUCCUGGAAAACAUCACAAAACACAUGGUCGCAUGUCCUAUCCAAGAGAAUAUUGAUUCAAAGGGUGCGGCUAUUAUUCAGUCCAAAAUUAUGGCAGGUAAAAUUUCUUCCUCAGCGUCAACCAAAUUAAAAACAGAAGUUUUCCCAUCUAUGAUAAGAGACAAGACAACUGAAAUAGCUCAAGGAGACCAUCUUAUCACAGUUUUAGGUAACAUAUGGCUUAUGAAAAAUGCUGGAAACAAACUUAGAAGAAAAAACUUUACAAGUUUUAGAAUGAGAUUGGCGGCAAAGCUGCUUUCCCUUCUUAGAGAAGAUUCGCAAAUCCCCUCUGCUUCCAUGCACUAUUUUAUAGCCCCAGAACAGUUUGAUAGGGUUGUGUCUUGUGCAGUAAAAGCUUGUGAAGAAGAUGAAAAUGCUGACUUGAAAAAUCCCAGCACUGCAAUUAAGCUAGGCUAUGAUUUAAGUAGAUUAGCAAAUGCAAAAUUAGGAAUCGGAAUCAAGGAGGGUAAUGACAAAGCAAAAACAGAGGCCAGUGAAUUUUUACAAUUGCUAAGAAUGGAAUGGAGCGUGAAAGUGACAAAGCUGGCAAGAAUUACAUUGGAUGUGAGGCAUUUCAACAAGAGAAAAGAGCUCCCGGAUCCAUCUGAUAUAGCGAAAAUAGCAGCUUAUCUUGUAAGGGAAAUAAAGAACUUAGACCUCACACCAAACAACAGCAAUGAAAUAGUAUUUCGAGAAGCAGUUGUACUUGCUGAGGCAAGGCUACUUUUGUACAACAGAAGGAGACCAGGAGAGUUAGAAAGCCUUAGUAUUGAAGUUUACAAAAACAGAUCGAUGUCAGUGGAUGAAGCAAACAUGGCCCUGCGGAGUCACUUAACAGAUUUUGAGAAAAUGCUUCUCAAAACUCAAGAUCUUGUGGAAAUACGAGGCAAAACUGGUAGGGGUGUACCUGUCUUAAUCCCAAAUGAAACAAACAAAGUGCUGGAAUAUUUGAGCGACCCAGUUGCCAGACAAAGGGCAAGCAUUCGACCAGAGAAUAACUACAUGUUUGCCAAUACCGGUCGCACUGUUGUUCGAGCAGGGGAAUCACUUGAUCAAGUGAAAUUCAGAAGUGAAGUUGAAUUGAGAUUCCCAGAGAGAAUCUAUGCCAACAACUUGAGAAAACACACUGCAACAAUUGCCCAGGCCCUUAAUCUGAAUGACACCGAGAUGAAAUAUAUCUGCAAUCACCUUGGCCAUACACAGAAGGUCCAUGACCUUGUAUACAGACAAACAUCUGGAAUGAUCGAGAGAUUAGACAUUGCAAAGCUUAUGUUAAUUCAGGAAUUCAACGUUGUUGGCAAAUACCAAAACAAGAAGCUGUCGGAGAUUCAGUUUGACGAACUUGGAACACUUGAGAGAAAAAUUCAAGACCAAGAUCAAGAACAGCAAGACACUGAAAAUGCUGCUGAUCAAGGGAAAAAUGUGGAUGAUGACAUUGACAUUGAAGAGGACUUUACAGUGUGUAGAAAAAAGGCUAAGAAAUCUGAAAGAGUCCGAUGGUCUCCUGCUGAAGAAGAAGAGAUAAAGAAAUACUUCUCUCGUUAUUUUGAGGGGCAUUUUCAAAAGAAAUGCCCCUCAAGGGAGCAUUGUCUUGACGCUAUUAAAAAAAGCAAAGAAAAUGGGGGAACAAUAUGUAACAGAAAAUGGGAAACCUUGAAAAAAAAAGUUUCCAAUAUGUUAGUGAAGAUUAAAGUAUGAAGUGGCUGAUUUAAGUUAGUUCAAAUACCCCCUCCCCUUUUUUCUUUGAAUGCACCUUUACUAGUAUAUUUCAAGAUAAGAACUGAACUGAUUUUUCGUUUAGCCAGUUGCUCAGGUGAAUGAUGUGGCCCAUUGGCCUCGUGUUUUUUUUUUAUUGUAUGACACAAAAACUGAGAUCAGAGAGGAUCAACUUGUUUUUUUCAUUUUUGUUUUCCAUAAGGCCAAGAAAAAAAAUGUUUGUUUCCUGUACCCCGGCCGACCCAUUCAAAUUAGCCUCUUGUUGAUUUUUCUCCUGCUAAAUGGCAAAACUGUGUCUGAUCAAAUCAGCUGUUUCCAUUUAUUCAAAAGAAAUUAGUUGUAGCUUUACUUGAGACAUAAAAUAUAUCAAAAUACUUAACAUUAACCCUAAAGAAAAGAGUAAUCAUUACUUUAAAAUAAAUUUCCCCCACAUCUUUUUGAAGUUUGUUUUCUGUCGCUUUGCAGCCAUGUUGGUUGUACACUAUAAAUAUAACACCUGGAUGAAUCAGUCAUAGAAUGUUUUUUGGGGACUGUUACAGGAAACAAACAUAUUUUUUAAGCCUAAAAGAAAAUUUGAUGUACUGAUUUUUGUGACUUAGUAAUGGAACUUGUUUGGAGAAAAUUUUGUUACACUGUUGAACAUUUGAUAUGAUGUAGUGAAAUUUAGUGCAACUUGGGAUUUUUUUAGUCACAUGAACCAAAGGCUAAUGUAAGUUUUUCUAAUCACAAAGUAUCCAGCAUCUGUCUGUCACUUUUUUUCUUAAUUUCAGAUAUUGUAGAUUCAGGUUUUUUCAUAUUAUGACCCCCUGAGUUAGGGCAAAACAAGGGGCCAAGUUUAAUGCAGUAAUAAAUAUCUUAAAACUCUUCUCAAGAAUAGCAAAGCUAUUGUUAGCCGUAUUAAUUUAAAAAAAAAAAAUCUUUUCAAGGAAUAGCAAAACAUAAUUCAAAGCAUCUGUAUUUAGUGAAGUUUUAUUUUGAAAAAAUCUUUAAAAAGUCUUUCUCAACAACAACAAAUUCAUAAUAAGCAAUAUAUAUUGAAUUAUUCUUUGAAGUGUGCAUAAAAGUUUGUCCAAAUUUUGACCCCCUGGAGUGGGGAGAAGUUGAUAUAAGAUUUAUGUUGGGAAAUAACCUAGAAUGACCAUUUUUGUCUGGUUAGUGCCAUGGCCAAUUUGCUCUUUUGUUAAUAUAGCCAAAACUUUCAAACAGACAUGUAUGACACUAUACAGGUAUGAUCAGAAAAAGAGAAAAAACAUUGGGAAAUCCGAAUUUUAAAUAUAUGUACAUCUACUUGAAAUACAUUUACUCUCAUUUUGUAGUAAAUGAAAUACUGAUUUGGUUGGAUUUGUAUGUUGAACAUUGAAGAGUUAAUCAUUUUCAAUAUAUAGGUCAAACAACAUGUUCCUAGAAAAAAAAAAUCGCUAGAAUUUGUAAUUGAAGUAUUGUUACUUGAACAAAUUUUAUCACCUAAAAUUGGGAUACCUUACCAGGAGUAUGGGCAAGACACCAGAGGGUGGUAUUUCUUAAAUAAUCCUUAUAUAAUCCCCAUGGGUAAUCCCUUGAAUUGCUUAUCUUAAAAUUUUUUAAACUUUGAAAACAAUUUAGAAAUCACUGAAGAAUGACAAUUAUGAAUAAUUAUUGAUUUUAUACCAUAUACAUGUAUUUGAGGAACAUGUUGUCUGUCCUUAAGUCCUCUAAGCUAUGGUCUUAGGGCCUGGAUUUAAGUUUUUAAGAUAACAAAGAUUAUGUAUUUUAUUUUGUUUUAAGAAAGAUUAUGUUAUUUUAGUCUUGGUAUGUUUGUUUUAAAAAGAAAAUUUGUAAUUUUACUUUGUUGCAACAUGUACUGUCAAAUAAAGUAUAUAAUUUGUUGAAACAUUUGAUUUCAUCACAUUACCAUGGGAGGAAGGAGAACAGGUUUUAAUUAUUCUUGUAAUAGAAAGGAUACAUUUAAUUUUCAUUAGAUAAUCACCCCAUCACCAAAGUGAGAACGUCUUAACAUGUUUAUUUUUGAAAUAUAUAUAUAUAUAUUCAAGCUGAUGCAUAAUAUUUUCUGAAAUGAUGAUCAUCUAUCUUGGAAUGUCAGUGUUUCAUAAAACACACUAUUACCAUAUUUACUCC